AAAAACUUCAAAUACUGUCAGAAAUAGUAAAUGUUUUUUUAUGUUGGUAUAAUUUGUUUGUAAAGUACGGUUUUUUAAAGGACAAGAAAACAAUCAUGGAUGAAACGGUUUCGACAGUUGUUCCCGUCAGUAUUACACCGAAAAAUGUUUAUGGACUACGAAAUGAAGUCGAUGGAAAUAUACAAUUUAGUUUUAACGAUGAAGUCAUUUAUCCAGUGGAAAGCGUGCUGGUUUUUCAUGAUUUUAAAACUAAUAAACAACGAUUUUUAAGAUUUCCCGAAAAUACAGUACCAUCAGUAAUAUCAAUCAACCCAAGCCGAAGAUUACUAGCCGUUGUCGAAAUUACAACUUUUAAAGAAAAAACUACCAACAUAUCAAUUUAUGACACUGGAACACUUAAAAAACGUCGUAAUUUUCAACUACCCAGUGAUGCCAAAGAUAAAGAAAUCUAUAAAAUUAUCUUUGUUCAUGAUUCAAGAGCAGUUGUUGCUUUGACAAAAACUCCAAAUGAAAUUCUCUACAUGAUGUUUUUCGAUAAGACCGGAACUAUUGUAGAAUCUGUUAUAGGUCUACCAAAUCAACGAGUAACAGCAACAUGUAUUGCAGGAAAUCCCCAAGACACCGGUAUGGUAGCUGUUUGUGGUGAUGGGAUUCUAAAACUUAUGUCAAAAUCAGAAACAGGUUUUACAUCUAGUGCCACUAUUAAAGCCCACUUUGCUGUCAAAUCGAUGGCAUGGUUAUCAAUGGAGACUUUAUUAUUGGGUUUAAAUAAAAAUAAACUAGCACUUAUCGAAAACGGUGAAGUUAAAUCACAAUUUAAUGCUGCCGAAUUGGAUCUAAUUGAUUUGUCAAAAGAUCCAGAGACAGAAAACGAAGAUGGCGUCGACCAUCAGGCUACAACAACUACAGUUGGUGCUGAAUCUAAUGAACCUGUCAUAUGUAUGAUUGCAUUGUCAAGAUGCUUAGCAUAUGUUAUUGGUGAUAAAGUAUAUUUCUUUGAGAAAGUAUCAAAAUACCAAUAUCAAAGGGUUGCAAUUAUAAGACUUUAUAAAUAUAUUUACUCGGAGAAAUUUUAUCAAAUCAAAAAUUUGGCAAUAAAUGCCCAACAAGAUACUGUCAUAGUGACAGCUGGUCAUAGUCAAAUUUAUGAAUGUAAUGUAAAAGAAAAUAAGUCUGGAGAAGUUACUACUUUGAUGAAAUUUACACCACUUGGAGAACUUAUUCAUAUCGAUGAAAUUGUUGAUAUUUCUGUUUGUUCAUGGAGAACAAUUAUUAUGACAGCAUCCAAGGAUCAAACCAUUAGAGUAUGGAACUACGAAACCGAAAAAGUGGAAUUGGUCAAACGAUAUCAAGUGGACAUUACUGUCACUGAAUUGAACGCAACUGGACAAUUUGCUGCCAUAGGCUUUUCAGAUCAACUUAGAAUUAUGCAAAUUUUCAUGGAUGACUUAAAUAUAAUAAAAACCUACAAUUUUCCACGAUGCUCUCAAGUAAAAUAUUCAUACUUUGGUCAUCUUAUGGCUGCAGCAUAUGAAAGUUUUAUUUCCAUUUCGUCAGUUUACAAUCUGGAUGUAAUAAGAACUUUGAAGGGUCACAAUGGAAAUGUACUCAGCCUUGCUUGGUCACGAGAUGAUAAAUACUUAAUAUCUGGUGGAGCUGAAGGUGCAAUUUAUCAAUGGGAUGUCGAAACUGGACAACGUAUUCAAGAAAUUGUUCAAAAAGGAACCGAAUAUCGUGCUCUUUGUUGCUCUUCCGAUCCAUUAUCGAUCUUUGCUGUUACUGAUUCGGGAUUUCUCCGAGAAUUGAAUAAUUCGGAAAUCAUUCGAGAGCUCCAUACUCCUAAAAAAGAACCUUUUCUGUCAUUAGCUUUGGCUAGAUCUGAUCUAAUAAUGUUUGCAUCAUCAGAUUCUGGGCAUUUGUACAAUGUUCAAUUGCCAUUUCUUGAUGCUGGAGGUGGUACAUUCACAAAUUAUCGAUUUUUUGAUAGCGCUGUUACGAGAAUUGUAUUUUCUUAUGACGGUACUUUGCUAGUAACAGCUUCAAAAAAGGGAACUUUGGUAAUUUGGAUUUUACAAAAUAUCGAUGGUAAAGUUGCUCCACUUGAUCAAGACCUAUUGAAAGGUCAAGAAGUUAUAAUUCCUCGAGAUAUGUUAAAAGAAAAAAAUGAUCAAAUUACCAAUCUUGAACUUCGUAUUCUUCAACAAGCUGCUGAAUUUCAAUAUCAAGAAAGUCAAAAUGAAAUAUUUGAUAGUCAACAAUUGGCUGAUGUACAUAAAGGUUAUUGUCAAGCUUUAGAAGCUCUAAAGACACGAAAUAAUGAACUUGAACAAAAACACACCGAAGACUUGAAUGAAAUAACUUUUCGAAUUAACGACUUGAAAGCUGAACACCGCAAACAGAUUCAAAACUUAUCGGAUCAAUUUACUGAACGCAUGUUAAUGGAGUAUCAAAAAUAUCAAUGUUUUAGUAAGAGCAGUAAUGAAAUUCAAGAUGACUAUGAGGAAAAGUUAAGGAAAUCAGCUGGACUUUUGCAAGAUACUGUAGAAGCUUUAGAAGUUGACUUCAAGAAGCAACUUGAACAACGGGAAGAACUUAUUCGUGAUCUAAUGCAAGAAUUGCAAGAUGUUAAAUUUGAGUUUAAUGAAUAUUGCCGCCAGGUGGAGGUAGAAAAUGAGAAGAAUACAAUGGAUACUGUUAUUAAGUAUGAGAAUACUUUGAAAGCUGAACAAGAUGAGGAAAUUUUGUGGCGUGGAAAAGCUGGAGUUUUGAAGAAAAAAUCUGAUACUGUUGCAAAGGAGGCUAAACGUCUUUUAGAAGAAGUCGAAUUGUUAAAUGAUGAACACACCAAAUCACAGAGAUUGAUUGGUAAACUUAUGCGUGAAAAAGAAGAUCUUCGGAAAGACGUUCAAGAUCGUGAGUUUGCAAUAAGUGUUAAGGAAAAACGAAUCCAAGAAAUUCUUCAUAAAAACCAAGAACUUGAAAAAUAUAAACAAGUUUUGAGUCACAAAAUUACCGAAUUAAAAAUGCAAAUAGAACCUCGAGAAUGUCAAAUAAAUGAGAAACGAAAGCAGAUUACUGAAAAGGAACUGCAAUUAGACUCAUUGAAUAAGGAAAAUGUUCAAUUAGAAGGACAAUUGAUGAAUUUGGAAGAAAAACAUCGACAAACAGUUGCUGAUUUGAAAGAACAACGUAAUAUUUCGAAAAGUUCUCGGGAAUUAUUUUACGCUUUGUGUUCUGAAAUUUAUAAUGUUGCUGGUAAGAUUAAUAAUCCAGAUGAGCUAAGGGAGGGAAUAAAAGGACUUUUUGAGAAAUAUGCUAGUGAUGAAUCUUUGAAAAAGCACAUCAUUUUAGAAACUCAAGUUAGAGCUGAGUUUGACAGACAGAGGGCACAUCUUGAGGGAUCGAUUGUUGAAUAUAAAAGGAAAUUACAAGAUAAAUCACAAUCAAAAGGAUCGGUUGAUUUAUUGAAGGAGAAUAUGAAUUUGUUGAAUGAAAUUGAGGAAUUGAGGAAAGAAGCUGGUAAAAAUAAUAAGGAACUUGGAAAUUUGAUGAAUGCUUUGAAGUUGACUGAUCGAAAGAAUUCUCAGACACAACAUAGACUAACUAAGACAUUGGAGGAUGUCGAAUCUUAUAGAUUGGAAAACGAAGAUGAAAUUCAAACCUUAAUUUCACAGUUUGAUGAAUUGAAAUUGAAAAAUGAGGAACUUAAAAGAGAAUUGAAGGAGAUUGAUAAAAAUGUAGAGUUUGAAAAAAUGUAUUAAGAACAUUAUUUUUAAGCUUUUUUUUAUACAUUUUUGGAACUUUUUUUGUAAUAAUAAAAAAACAUAAUGGAAUAUUUUU